UGAGUCACCUCGGCAUAAUGUCAUUUGACCCUUGGUCCCUUGGAGCAUCAUUGACGAUCCGCCCAUCCUGUCAACAAGUCGCCCCCCUCAUACUCGCUCGCCAUCACUUCCAUCCUCGCCAUCAUUCAGGCUCCAGACACCCCCUCGCCAAGUCGUCCGCUUAGGCCCGCUGCCUCCCGCGUCGGCCUCUUCGACAUGGCACACCAUUCCCAUUCCCACUCACACUCAUCCCGCCCUCAUCCACACACACGCCCCGCCCCGCGCCAAAGCGCCUCUGAGCUGCCCCCGGCUCGCCCCCUCGAGCCGCUCCAAAAGCCUGUUGUUGUCUCAGCGCCCUCGUCUCCUCCACUCGCAUCGCGCCCUCUUUCUCGCCCUUCCCCAUCUCCUCCAGGCAGCCCAUCGUCGUCGUCGUCGCACUCUCAAUCUCCAGCUCUCUCGCAAACUCCGUCUCGUACCUCCCUGGAAGCGCCCUCACCCAACGGUCUCUCUCACGCGACCCCCUCCCCCCGACCGCCUUCGGAUUCCGCUUCUGCGUCAGCCACGCCCCCGACACCGACGACCAACUCACACUCGCGUUCCACGCACUCAGCCUCAGCGCCCACCUCGACGACCACCUCAGCUACACCCAGCCCGCGCGCCAGACCCCCGCUCGUGACUGCCCUCUCGGCGCCGUCCACCGCCUCCCCGUUUCUCGACAUGAGCAACGCUACCGGCGGCCUGGACAGUCUUGGGCUCAACACGCCCACGGCGCCGGCGGGUCUCGUGGUCUCCAAGGCGGGCGUCGAGGCCACCGCGCGCGGAGACAGGGUCGUCGGGCUGCUGUGUCUCAAGAUUACGCUCCCCAAAGACGGCGAUGGGCGUCAGCAGCGCUGGGAGCUGUUCCAGGGCGCCAAGCCGAAGUUACGCUCAAUUCCGGCGCUCUACCCUCUUCCUGCAUCGCUCGCGCUAGCGUCGACCUCAAAGCACGUUGCGACCGCCGCGUCACUCCUUGCCCUCCCACCGCCGGGCGCGUAUUCCCCUGCCGCACACGAGCCGGGCAUCAAGCCGCACGUAGACGUCUCCCGGGCCACGGGCCAAGUGUUCGUCGCCGUCGACAGCUCCACGCCUCCCUCGGAGACCAAGUCGCGACGCCGCUCAUCGCUCGGUGGGCGGGCACGCAGCGAGUGGCUCGUGGUACUUGAGUUUGAAGCGCCGAUCGACUACGAGUCAACGAAUGGCCAGACCUGGUUCAAGACCUCAAUCCCCACCCCCAAGUGCCUGGACAACUUCAUCCGCUUCGAAAUUGUCCCGCCCGAUGCCGAGUGCGCGUCUGCUGAAAUCGUGACGAUGCCGCGGGUCCUCCCCCUCCCGGCUUCUCGUGACGCUCGCGAGGCGACACCGUCGAAGCGCCGCUUUGAAGAUGGAUGGGAGGACGGCGAGGUGCCCGGCGCCGAGAGCGAGGAGGAGGACAGCAGCUGGCUCCGUGGCCGGUAUCAAAGCACCGACAUGGUAGCGCUCCAGUGGGGCUUUGCGCCGGCACUUGGUACCCCGCCUGAUCUGCGCAUCGCGCCGCACUGGGACGCCAGACAACCUUCCAUUGGCAUCACGUUCGAGGCGGUCAUCGCCGCCAUCCAUGGGCCAUUCCACCUCGAGGCUGUGCUCCCGCCUGGAUGGGGGUGGAGCGAGCUGCAGAUCCGCGCUGAUGGCCUCUUCUCGUGGCGCUCCCCCAACAUGCAGGCGUUGGGUGCGCUGUUCUCGGCGACGGCGACGAACCCCGACGAUUCGAUAACAACGGUAGGCCCUGAUGUUCCAUCUGACCUCGCGUCGCUCGACUCUGCCGACUACUCCUUCGAACUCAACUUGUUUAGAGAUGAGGAGAAGCCGGCGUUACCAGUCACGCCGAGCCGCCGGCGCAUUGAGCGCCACGGCGCGGCUGUCCUGAAGGUAGUGCCUCGUGUACCAACGCCGGCGUCCCUGUUCGAGCUGGAGUUCGAGCACACAGGGAACGAAGAGGAGGAGGACAAUGUCCUUCUCGUCGAGGGCACGCUCGUCCCGCUUCCAUGGACGCUUGUGACGCCCGGCGCGCCCGUGCCCAUACCCUUCUUCCGCUUCGAAGACGCGACUCUCCCCGCCGAGUGCGACGUGAAGUGUCCUGGCGCCCAGCUCGUGCCACUUCACUCGGAAGACGAGGACGAGUCUCCAUCGCUAUGCGACACAACACAGCCCUCGGUCGGCACGUUUGCAUGGACGGACGAGGGCGGCGCGGCGCUGCCGCCACGCGCACCCGUCCCCGUGACAGGCACAGUCCGGGUCAACUCGAAGCGCAGCAUCUGGGGCCUGCAGACCAUGUCCGUGCUCCUCCCGUGGCCCGCCAAGGCGGAGGAGGUAGUUCUGGGCCUAAGCCUGCCGCCUGAGGCCGUGCGUGUCCUGCGCGCCUCGGCGCGCGGCACGCCCCUACCGCACGCGAUACAUGCCCGAGACGACGGAGUGGACGUGCGCUUCGGCAGAGGCCGGGACAAUGUCGAGCUCGUGCUGGAAGUCGUGGAUGACGACGGCGUCGCCCUCCCUUUCGUGGAAGGGACGGGGGAGCUGCGUGUCGAACUCGCCGGUGAUGGCUGGGACAGACCACUUGCGUACCCGCCUACGACGAAUCUCAAGCGCACGAGCGAGCGGGUAUUCAUCGGCGACCGUGGCGAUGUGCCAUAUAUCACAUUUGCGCCUGUGCCGCCAACGCCUGUGGUCCCCACGCCACCGCCCAUUCCUACGCCACCUCUGGUCGUGGAACAGACAGAAACAGUGGAAGAAGAGGAAGAAGUGGUGGCGGCGGAGGAGGAGGAGAAGGAACUGCUGAUCGUGGCCCCCGACGCACCCACCCCCACAACAGUGGCUAUCGCCCAACCGUCGCGAUCGCGCGCCGCCCUCGCGUCCCUCGUUUCGUGGAACACACUCGUCAACCUCGUUCUCCUGUGGAUUCUGGGCAGCCUCGCAGGCCAAGUCGCACGCUUGCGCGCUGAAGUCGCCUUCGUGGCGGACGAGACGCGCGACUUGCGGUUGUACGGCGUCGACCGCGACGUGAGAUGGCACAGAGAGCACCGCCCCCGCGAGGACGAGACGUGGCGGGGAGAAGAGGAGCGGUGGCAGGGAGAGGAGGAGCGAUGGCGCGAAGAUCCAGGACGAGUCCGUAACUGGGCUGACAGCGCCGUGUCUGACCCGCCUGCGGAGCCUGCGGAGCCAGAACGCGUGCCGGAGCCGAGCGCGCCGCGCACCGCGUACACGUACACUCACGAAGUGGACGCUGAAGCCGUGGAGGACGUGCUGAAGCCCGGCAUGGAGGCGGAGCUGGAUCGCAAGGCUGUGGCGCCUGUGCACACGCACGAGUACGGGCUCGGCCGUGUUGUCCACGCCUCUAACUGGGGCACGUGGCUCGCCCGUCACCAGAGUGUGCAGGUCGUGCAGGAGACGUUGUCGUGGCUGUGGAACGCGGUGCGGCGGUUCUUCGUCGCGUAGUGCGUGGCAUAGCGAGCACAUCUAUCACCCGCUGCUUCGCAGAUGUAAGAACUCUAUGUAGCGCCUCGGAUCGAGAUUCUAUGGAUACUCCAUGAUGCACCACGAGGUGGGGUGUGUCUGAC